UAGCUCAACCAUGCGCCGCUCACCGCUGCUUCUGGUCGCCCUCCCUGGGUGGGUGUGGAGUUUUCUGACCCCAGCCCCACUAUCGCGUCCUUCACAGCCCGCUGCUGUGAGGCCAGCCGAUGGGAGGGCGCCCGCUCCCGGCAGGAGACGAGGUUCUUCAACAACGAGCUCUCAUUCUAGCCGAUGUCGUCCUCUCUUCAGGAAAGGAUUUUCGAAGGGAGGCAUGGGCAAGCAGGGGGAGCUCAUGGAGCAGAUGGCGAAGGCGCAGCGGGACAGGAUGAAGAGGGAGCUCGAGGAGAAGCUGAGGGAGAGCGGGGACUUGCCCAAAGAAGAAGACGACGAUGCAGCCAAGCCUGCCGCAGCGAAAGGGGCGGCGGCAAGAAUCAAGCCCGACCGGUCCUGGCGACAAGCGGGCGCCGCCAAGCCCCCUUCCGCCUCGGCCGGCGCGCCACCAGCGGCAGGAACAGGGGCGCCGGCGAAGACGGGCGCGGCAGGCGUCGGGGGUAAGGUGUGGCCGAGCACGCGGGAAGAGGGGCGGUCCGGGGACAAGUACGAGGAGUACAACCAGUUGCUGGAGAGCACGGGGGAUCACAGCGGAUCCCGCAAGUCGCCAGAAGUCGAAAACCCUCGCGCUGUGUACACGGACUGGGAGACUAUGCGAGACAAGGCGCAGUGGGACGCGGUCGUUGCCGGCAAGAAGCCGGUUGUUAACCGUUCUCCGGUAGCGUCCGAGACCGAAUACAGCGACUUCGAGGCGAUGCUCAGUGGUGGCGCUCGGAUCUCGUCCAACAGCCUGGGGCUGAAAGCGGCCGAAAAAAAGCUGGCAAAGCGUGUGGAGAAGAAGGUGGACCUCACGUUUUCGCGGGGAGAUUUUGCGCCGCUGGACCCGUGGCGCCUGCUCUCGGACGUGGACGGCAACAAAGCGAGUGGUGCUGUAAACUUUGGCCUUUUCCAGGGCACGAAGCCCCUGUUGGUGGUUGCGGAACCGAAGCCGGGGAGUGGCGCAAUGAAGCAAGCCAUGUACGAGCUGAACACGCGCAUGCCUCGAAAGUUGGUCGACGUAGUCGCCGUCACCGUAGAUCCGCCGGCGAGCAACCGCAAGGUCGCCAAGAAGAGCCGCAUCCUCUUCCCCGUGCUCAGCGACGAGGGCGGGGAGUGGAUGCUGGCGUAUCGGGUCACACAGGGGGGGCUCCGCGAGAACAUGGCCUUCUUGAUCGAGCCGGAUCUGGGGAGGAUCGUCAACGUGUGGUCAAACUUUGAUGCCCUCUCUUUGGUGGACCUCGUGAAGGGCCACUUCAACCCAGACCGAUGAUGGCCGGGGGGGGGCACUGCGGUCGAACGCGGGCGAUUGCUGAGAUAUGAUUGGCCAACGACAGGCGGAUUUGUCUUGCCGGAUGGCGUCGCUCUCGUUGCUGAGUGUGCAGUUAAAUGGGCAAUUUGUGCAGCUGACGAAGAGCGCAGAGAUGGGGAAGCAGUUCCAUGUACCGUGAGGCGAUAAGGUGUUUCCCGAGCAUUGUAAAAGGCGCUGUAGCUCGAGGGAAAUCUCGCGCUGCUGAAUCCGCGCGUGCACAGAAUUGGACCCUGCUUGUUGUUGGUCUUCUUGUUUUCGACUCUUUUGUUUUUCCUGACUGGCCGGGGUAGAGGGGAGAGCAUAAGGCGCUCCUCGUCGUCCGGUACAUGCCUCUUGGGCGCGGGGUAUGUUCGUAGUCCAGAGUCUGUUCACGAUGAGCAUGUGCGACGCUGGAUUCGCUGCCAUGUGUCUUUGGUUGAAAGAUAUGGCAGCCGCCGUGGUGCCGGCAACGCCGGUUCGUUUAUUAUCUCCUUGGGGGAAGGACAUACGACUUCAUCUCGAAAAAGUUUGCAUCUGCCCGAGACAUCCGCGAUGAAAGUAAAUCGAGAGCUUGGAAAGGUCAUUGAUGUGAUGAGACCGUAGUUCAGUUCCCUACCUACAGUAGAUUGCUCCAUUUCUUGGCUGCGGAGACUAAACCCGAGCUGUGCUCGUUUGCCUUCUCAGGCUACUGCUGCAACACACGCACGAUGUUGAAACCAAAAUUAGCUACGGUACAGGACGAUAGUAUUGGCGGGUUAUUGGAUCCACCGUGUCGGUAGAGGCCGCCGUGUCCUUGUUUCGUGAAAAAGGAUGCCGAUAUGAUUGCUCGCUGUUAUCCGCACGCCAUGACCCGAAGGGACUGCUGUUCGUGUCUGCUCUCUUGUCUGGUGGUUGUUUCGAGGGCGCAAGUCAUGAGAACGCCUAAUUGGGUGCCGUGUUCCCCUGUGUACACCAUGCAUGCAUGCAUAUUGUGCCAAGGUUUCGCAACCUGGAUUCUGUUCUGGUAGCGCCGCCGAUCGUUCCGGUUUAGGCCUGUAUUUUGUAAGGCGGCAGGUUGAUAGAGUGAACAAAUCGAAUACUCCGUAGAAGUACUGUGGGGACGUGUUCGUGGGUUGAAAGAAAGCCUGACGGACUCGGGCAUUGAACUUUUGUUGAGAGGCACACUGACCUGGACCACUAUGUAGGUGGCCAUAGACCAGCGUCGACUUGAUAUUGUUCGUGAUACUGCUUUUUUGCCGCACGGAAUCCUUUCAUCGAUUUCGAUGGUCAAAACGAGGUGCAUUCCCCCAUGCCUAGUUGCAAAUUUCUUGUUGCUGUACUCGGUUUCGGACGAACAAAUAUACCCGCUCACCAAAUAUCACCUUUUCGUGCUUUUGGUCAACCGUUGGGCACCGCGUGAAUUUAUGAAUUGCACCUACCUGUGGGGGGCGCGGCUGGGU